UCAUCAUUCUGUCAUGGGACGAGUUUAAAUAAAACGCUAGCCACAGAAAGAUGGAGGUGAGUGUCAACGACGGGGAGGAUCAGCCAGCGGUAGAGUAGCACAGCGCGUAUGGCGAGGGUAGCAAGGUCGCUGUUCUAAAACUCACGCCUUGGUGUGCCAGUUUCGCUGACGCAGUGACUGACCAUGACAUCGCCCACUUUUCUAGUACUGGCUCGCCUUCUGCAGUCAUCUAGUGGCCUCGGCGCUUGGUGUAAUCGUACCAGCAUCUAUCGUGCCGCACUGCCAUCGACAACGGAAAUCCCAUCCUCAAUUCACCUGGCCAUUAUGCUUCAUUGCACAAUCAUGUCCGGUAGCUGGGAAGGCCGGUAUAUCAGACUUGAAGAUGGGAGAAGGCGCUGGACUCAUAGAUCGUUCAUAUCAUUACAGGGUCACCUGAAUUAUCAGCGGAGAUCAGCCGUCCUUGAACUCGUUCGAAUUCUUGGAUAUGGGAAGUCAUGAAACACUAUUUGAUCAUGGAGGUGAGCCUUUCGGUGAACAUCUUGCUUCACAUUCAUGCACACCUAUUAACGUGUUGUGGAUAUGUCCUUCCCAUCCGUUUGUAGUGUCCAUCCAUCCUUCCCUUACGCUGAGACCUCUAUUGUACACUCUUGCGAUAAUCAGGACGGCACACUUUUGAUCGAUGAGGCCAUCUAUAUCAAGAUGUGCUGUGCCUCCACCCUGUUGG